UAUUAUCUGCGGCAGGAGAAGGAUGGCGAUCGAAGUCUUAUUGGCCAUGAUUGCUGUACUACUACUUAUGUGUCAAGACGAAACACGAAGUCUGACCUUACCAUCAAGGAAAAAUGAAGAUUUGCUUCGUCCUUACCAAGCAGCUGGGGUAGUACUUGGUGCAGCCCCACAACUUCGUUGCUCUAUCCUCCUCCUCACAAACGUCAUAGACUCCCAUUCGCUCGAUUCCAUUGACUUGGGUCAGCUGGUGACUCCCUGGGGUGUGGCAUUGCUCGAGGUGGCAGUGGACGGCCAGGAUGCUAACGAGACUCAGGCGCAACUCUCCCGGGUGGUCGACGCGGCUCGGCGGGUAGGUCACUCCCACAUUACUACUGAGGCGGUAGGUCACUCCCGCAUUACUAGUAUGGCAGGUAAGUCACUCGUAUUACUACUAAGGCGAGUAGGUCACUCUUAUGUUGUGAUAGCUGUUUUGGUAUCUCACUAA